UCUAAUUGACACGUUUAAAUAAUCUUUAAUUUUCCAAUAACAUUUGAUUAAAUUAUGGAUUAUGAAAUCGUCCUUGUUUUAGCCACAAUUCUGUUAAAUACAAAUAGUAUAGGUGGAGUCGGUGUAUGUAAUUGGCCGGCGCUCCUGCAGGACAGUAUAUGGGUUGACAGCGAUAAGGGAUCCCUGGACUUUAACACAAAGACUAUGACGGGCCUCACUUAUGUGGCGAUGGGCACCAUCACUAUCGACUCCUGGCGCUGCUACUUUUACAACGACGUUGACACGUUGAUAAUGAAAGCAGACACACUGGUGACGAUCUUCAGCACGUUCUAUCAACCCUUCCAGUGUUGGAAGAUGACCCAGAUAACCGAAAACUCGUACUAUUACUAUAUACAAUCAGAAAAACAAAUUCGUAUAAAUAUGGAGCGAAUUACUCUACGGGACAAUGAAACCAUCACUGACAUGACGGAUGCUAACGUAAUUAGCCGACUGUGUAGUGACGUGGCCUCAGUCAAUGAAUACCAUCUUCUGGUGAAAGACAACCAGGAGGCCAACGCAGCAGUGGCGUGUCCGUCAGUGUUCCAGGACGACUUCCACUACAGUGUGAAUGGGACAUGUGGCCAGGGGAUCGAACAAUGGGAAUCUUGCCAGGAUACCACCAGGAUGACCUUCAACUACACCCUCUGUGACACACAGAUAGCUUAUUCUAGCGGAGGAAGCGUCGUGUGCUUGGUGUCCAUUGAUUCUAACGGCGUUGUCCUAACUACAGUCUGGAAUGAAGAUGCUGGAACCACGCAGUACCAGUUCACAUGCUUUAUGGCAGUGCAAAACUCGAUGGGUCAGUUAGAAGUAUCACAGUCUCCAAACAGUUGCACGGAGAAUCAGACCACUGUUGACAUUCCAAAGCAUGAGGAUGGUACUAUAGGAGUAAUCAUGGUUCUCACCCCAUAUCCUACCUCUGUGUGUGGUAUGUAAUAUCAAUGAUUCUCAAUACAUGUCAAAUAACAUGUUUUUUUGUAUUGCAAUGACUUGAAUCAUUCAAACGCGAAAUAAAUUACAAUUUAUAAAAUUGAGUG